GCCAAAGGCGCGAAGAGUGUAAACAACACUACUCCAAUUCAAGUUAGCCAAACUUUUAUAAUUAACACAAUAUUUAAUGUAUGUGUUUAAAUGUAAUUCCCUAGAUAGUAGGAUCUUCGCGGUGUUUAUUUUUAAAAUGUUAAAUAAUUUUGACGCAUUCAAAGGUAUACAAAUAACCGUUUAAAUAAGGUUAGCGCUAGGUCUCGAGGGUGAGUGUUAAGCUAGUCCGUAAUGAAAUGCUAGUGUCAACGUUAAAAUCUGUCAGAGUACAGAAUAUGACUUUAUAUUUUAAAGUAGUCUGAGUCUUUCUGUAAGAGGCAAGUAAUUACCGCAUCUUUAACUAACUUGAAUAAAUUUAGGCUUUACUUUAUCCUAAGCCUACAAAGCCUUUUGUUUGCAUAUAUAAUCGGGAUCUACAUUCACAUGAAGUUCGGUCAAUAAGACACGUUUGUAUCUCAUAUCAAAUCUCUUCGCUGCUCAUUCAUUGAGUGCAAGUUCGACAUGUCUAAAGCACAAAAGGAAGACUUUAUUGUGAAGUUUGUGGAAAGUAAAGGAUCCAAACCAGAGUAUGCACUCAAGGCAUAUGAGGCCGUUCUGGAGCUGCAGUCUGAAAAGUAUUUAAAAACCAUCCAGGAGGAAGAUGUUUUACAGAUGGACCAGAAGGAUAAGUCUCUGUUCGUUUUCAGCAGCUUCACCACUCCGGCUUUCCUGCACUGCAAGAAGCUUGGCUGCAGAAUAGUGAGUCCGCUGGUGGUGUUGUAUUGCCUGCAGCACCAGCAUUGUGUUCCUAAGGCAGAAAAACCUGUGUAUAGUAUGGCAAUGGCUGAUAUUACAAUUUCCUGCACCAGCCUGGACAAAGAAACUCGGGCAGAGGUGAUGGAUCUAGUGCAGCUAAUGGGUGGACGGGUCUAUCUCGAUCUUAACGUGUCUGUUACACACCUGAUUGCAGGGGAGGUAGGAAGCAAAAAAUACCUGGUGGCUGCCAGCCUUGGCAAACCAAUCCUGCUGCCCACAUGGGUCAAAGCCUGCUGGGAAAAAUCACAAGAUAGUCUUUUCAGGUAUACAGAGUUGCCAAUUGAGGACUACCUGUGCCCCGUGCUGCUUGGCUGUACUGUUUGUGUGACGGGCCUCUCCAGCACAGACCGCAAAGAGGUGCAGAGGCUCUGUGAGCUGCACGGGGCCAAAUACACCGGCCAGCUCAAAAUGAACGAAUGCACACACCUCAUUGUUAAUGAACCAACAGGCCAGAAGUACGAAUGUGCCAAGAAGUGGAACGUGUUCUGUGUGUCUUUGCACUGGUUAUUUGAUAGCAUAGAGAGAGGCUUCUGUCAGGAUGAGAGCAGGUACACAGUGCAGCGCGAUGCAUCCACAACCACUCGGCCUCACACAUCAACUCCUACCGGCACCAGCAAGAAGGAAGAUGGUCCAUCUCUGUUGGGCCUGAGCAACAUUUCUGUCAACGCUAGCGUGGUGAUAAACGACACAGCCCUUACCAAUAUCACCAUCAGUCGCAUGGAGACGCCAGACCCCAUAGACAGUGUAGACCUCACUGUGUGCCCAUCAGAUGAUGUGUUGGAUGGUUGUAAGUUAUAUUUAAGUGGUUUCCCGGAGAAGAAGUUGGAGAAGUUGCGGCGGCUUAUAAACGCUGCAGGAGGCCUGCGCUUCAACCAGCCCAGUGAGGAUCUCACUCAUGUGGUCGUGAGAGAAGUGGACCUGGAGCUCCAGAAAUUUCUGUCUACAGCAACUCAUAGGCCCCAUGUGGUAACAGCACAGUGGAUUCUGGACUGUUUCUCCAAAGGCCGCAUGCUCCCAGAAGAUGGAUACCUCCACCCUGACUGUCUUCCUCCAGCCUCAGCUGCUGUUUCUGUCGCAGCUCAUCACCCGGCGAGACCUCGGUCAUCUGUCGGCCCACCUGUUGCCAAUCCGAGCACUCCGAGGGAACCAAUAACAGACGAGGAUCUUCUCUCACAAUACAUGGAUGACGACUCUACAGUGGUUGAUAUGCCACCACCAGCACCAGAGAAUAACAGCAUGAAGCCCCUGGGUGUAGCUGCAGAGCCCCAGCCUGAGUCCUGGACACCCCAUCACUCCAGAGGACCAGAACAAGACUCCCUGCUGCAGGAUGGCCUUUUUUCUGGGAGAUCUUUUCUGUUUGUGGGUUUUGGUUCAGAGGCUGAGGCUCAGCUCUCCAUGCUGGUGAAAGAGCAAGGAGGCAAGGUGCUGAUGGGCCGCAGUCGUGUGGUAGCAGACUUUGCUGUGGUUCCUCAGUUGGGGUGCACAGUAGAGGCCACCGUGGAUGAGGUGGUCACUGAUACAUGGCUGGCCAUGUGUGUGGAGAAGGAGUGCGUUCUGCCUCUGUCCUCUAACCCUUUGUUUACCCCUGUUCCUGUGAGGGAGGGAUAUCUUCCUCUCAAAGACUGCGUUCUGUCAGUCAGCCAGUUCACUGGAGCAGAGAGGGAGUCUUUGGUGGAGCUGGCCAAGCAUCUCGGAGCCAACGUCCAGGAUUACUUUGUGCGUCUGGCCAACCAGAAGAAAGGCAUGCUGGCCAGCACUCACCUGGUGUUGCAGACUCCGGACGGAACAAAGUACCAGGCAGCUAAGAAGUGGGGGCUUCCUGCUGUUACCAUGAACUGGAUACUUGAGUCUGCUCGAACAGGGAAGAGGGUGGCAGAAGAGAAAUAUUUGGUGGACCUGCCUGCCUCUCCAGAGAGAGAAGAAAGCUUCGUCAGCGGAUCCCAGAAACCAGCUCUGCUUCAACCAGGUCGUUCUUCUCCAGAGAUCCCGUUGCUGGGUCCACAGAGCGGUAAAGCCGUCACCCCGCUUGAUUCCGGUCGCUUUCAGAGCAAAGUGUUUCGAUCUGUGUUGGAUGAGAUGAAGCCCAAAGAAAACCAGAGCACACCGAAACAGAACCAGGAGGGUGGCAAAAGGAAACCAGUCCAGAAGGAGCCUGCCCUGCAACUGGACACUCCCUCUCGAUUCCUGGUCAGAGACCAGCUCUUCCGACCGUCUUUUAACAUCAAGGAUGUGCUCGGAGAUUUGGAGACUCCUGGUGGAAGAUCAAAACCAGGAGAAAGGGUGGAGACUCCACUUACCGACGUUGUCAACAGGAACCUGAAAGUAGCACUGGCCAACAGCUCACGCAGUCACCUUUCAGGAAUGCAAGAAGUCUCUGCCAGCCCCCAGCUGGUAAAGACCGCUGAGAAGGAGAUCCCACAAAAAGACUCGGGACCCCUGACUGGUGUUGUGAUCUGCGUGGGGAAGAAACUGAGCAAAAUGCAAAGUGAACUGAAUGCUAUUGCUGCCUCGCUUGGAGCUGACUUCAGGUGGGCCUGUGACAACACAGUGACACACUACAUCUACCAGGGUCGAGUUGGGGACAGCUCCCGCGAAUACAAAGCAGUGAAGGAGAGGGCGCUGCAUGUGGUCUCCCAGUACUGGCUGCUUGCUUGUGCUGAGGAGCAGAGGCACGUCCCCGAGUCUCUGUAUCCUUUCACCUAUAAUCCUAAGAUGAGUCUGAACCUGAGCCAGGUGCCCAGCAGCUCCCAGAGGUCUCCACCUUUAACGCGGACCCAACUCAAAGACACGACUGAAUCUAGGCGCAACAAGUCUGAGCUUGUUGCUGCAGAGCCAAGCGCAGUCGUGCAUCCUGUAAGUAAUGGAGGCACUGAUCCAGAGGAGAUGAACGAUACCACAGAGAAAAGAGACACUCUGGAAAUGAGAGAGAACCUGCAAAGACAGCUUCAGGAGAUCAUGUCGGCCACCAAAAUGACAACAGGCAGGCGGACAUCUGUCAGACUCUCCAGGAUGGGAUCGGGGUCCGCUGACUCCGGUCCAAACACGCCCGAAAUGAGUCGGGUUGGACGCAGUGGGAGCAGACGGACUCUGGAAGCUCUGAGGGUGUCCAGAGAAGCAGUGAUGGACAUGAACACUGAGCCGUCUCAGAGUGAGCAGAUAGUUUGGGAUGAUCCUACAGCCAGGGAGGAGAGAGCGAAGCUGGCUGAUAAUUUACAGUGGCCUGGGAGUCCAUCACAGCAUUCAGAGCCACUUGCAGCUGCACCCCCUCCCACUGCAGAAAAUGGGCCGCACUUCAAGGACUCAAUGACAGACUCUGAGCUGGUGGAGAUGGCUGCUUGUGAUGUUAUAAACCAGCAAAUUGGUCAGAAGGUCAUGACACCUCCUUUGGAGGAUCCAGAAGAGGACAUCCUCACUCCUAAAGCCCCCAGCAUCGCCUUCCCUCUUGCCAAACCGCUUGUAGCACCAGAGCCACAGGAAGAGAAAAAGGAGGGAAAACAGACGCCCAGAUUUCAGCUGUCCUCCCUCAGCCCUCAGGAGCGCAUUGAUUACAGUCAUCUCAUAGAGGAGCUCGGGGGCAUUGUCCUGGACAAGCAGUCUUUUGACCCCAGCUGCUCCCACAUCAUCGUAGGGAGUCCACUGCGAAACGAGAAGUAUCUAGCCGCCAUGGCAGCCGGCAAAUGGAUCCUGCAUCGUUCCUACCUGGAGGCCUGUCGCCCGGUGGGGCAUUUCAUCCAGGAGGAUGAUUAUGAAUGGGGCAGCAGCUCCAUCUUAAAUGCUCUGCCCUCCAUCACCUCUCAGCAAAGGAAACUGGCCUCAGCUGCAAUGCGCUGGAGAAAAGCUCUGCAGGGAGGCUCUGAACAUGACGGUGCUUUCAGUGGCUGGACCGUGAUGCUGAACAUCGACCAGAGCAGAGAGUCAGGCUUCAGGCGGUUACUGCAGUCUGGUGGAGCGAAGGUGCUGCCCAGUCCCUCCCCGUCGCUCUACAGAGAGGCCACACAUCUGUUCGCAGACUUCAGUCGUCUUAAACCAGGAGACUUCAGAGUGGACAUAGCUGAGGCCACGGCACAAGGAGUGUCGUGCUUGAAACCCGAGUACAUUGCAGAUUAUCUCAUGCAGGAGCCAACGCCACCCAUCAAGCUGUACUGCCUGACUGCAGCUCCAAUGGAGGAAGCCCCAGGCACACCAUGUCGCAAACGUAAAGCGGCAGCAGACACGUCCGGGCUGAAAAAGAGCCGCCUGAACUGAAACCAUUUACACCGACAUGUCCUCAAUGUUUUCAUUUCAGUGAAAAAGACUGUAAAUAAGAUUUUUUUAUGUUUUAUGAGAAUGAAAUAAAAUUUAGCAACUG